UUGUGUUAAUGGAAGCUGUUUCCAAUAAAAAAAAAAAAACUCCAAGCCCAUCGCAUCCAUCGCUCCUCUCGCCUCUGCUCAGAUCAGCCGCGCACCAUGACGGCCUCCGCAGCCGAGCGCCGCUUCAAGAUCUUCGCGGCCGCCGACGGCUUCGGCCAGCCGCUCAAGGACGCCGUCGUCGCGCGCCUCCGCGCGCACCCCGCCGUCGCCGAGGUCGUCGACCUCGGGGUCGACAAGUACUACUCCGCCGCCGCAGCCGUCGCCCGCAACGUCUCCUCCUCGGACUCCGUCCCCGAUACCCCUGAUGUCCGCGGCGUCGUCGUCUGCGGCACUGGUGCCGGCGUCUCCAUCUUCGCCAACAAGUAUCCGCGCGUGUACGCCACCCACUGCGCCUCCCCCGCCGACGCCGUCAACACCCGCUCCAUCAACGCCUGCAACGUCCUCGCUCUCUCCGGCAUGGCCACGCCGCCCGACGCCGCUGCCGCAAUCGCUGACGCCUGGCUCGCUACCCCCUUCCGCGCCCCAUGCCCCGCAUCCGGCGAUGCCCCCUGGCCGGAGGACAUCAAGCGGUUCCUCGACACCGCGACCGACGAGAUGGCCGCCAUCCCCGAGGGUUCCGCCGCCGCCAUCCCUGAUUCCGCCUGCGCCAUCUGCUGCCUGAGGAAGGGGAUGGAAUUCGAGCCGGUGGGGAUUAUGCCCGGCGGCGAGAUGCGGAUCGUGCGCGAGAGCCCCACGUCGGCGUACGUCCGGUUCAAGGCCGGCAGCGUGGAGCCAGCGCACCACCACACCUUCGGCCACGACCUGGUGGUCAUCAAGGGCAAGAAAAAGGUCUGGAACCUCACCAAGAAGGAGAGCUACGACCUGGUGGACGGAGAUUUCCUCUUCACCCCAGCUGGGGAUGUGCAUCGGGUGAAGUACUUCGAGGACACCGAGUUCUUCAUCCGGUGGGAUGGGCACUGGGACAUCUUCCUCGAUGAGGACCUCGACACAGCACGCAGUGCCAUUGACAGGGAGCUUGGAGCAGCCGGCAACUGAGGGCCUCACGUCAAUUGUGACGAUGGGGAAUCUUUUGAAGGUGCUCCCAUGCCUUUCUCCUUCGAGCUUGCAGCGGUUGUUUCUACACUGUUUAUUUCGGACUUCAGUUGCUAUGUUUGUCAUGGUAUUGGUAUGCUUAUCUUACCCCGUAUGUUUCGGCAUUAUGGUUGAUGGCAAUAUUGGCAAUGAUGGUAGUGAAUAAAAUUUGAAAGUGCCACCUUUGUAUGUUGUACAAUUUGAAAAUGCGGAAUAAAAUUGGAUAUGCAUGGUUGCUGGA